CUGACAAAUCUAUACGGCUUCAUGGAUGCUCAAAGAUUUACCCACAAUUCAACCUAACUAGGAUAAUGUUGGAUCGAAAGUUCUACAAUUGUUCAACUGUAAACUAUGAUUCACAAACCUCAAAUAUAACUAUAUUUAUCAUUAUUGACAACUUAGACAUUUGCACCUUCAAUAUUUCUGGGAUGGUUUGGAAGGAUCUAAAAUGUGUUCAAUCAAACAUACUUAUGGUUGAGUUUAUAUGUGAAGAGAGGGUUCCAGCUGUUUUAUCAGAUAUUACACAGAAGAAAAAGGUUUCCAUUGACAUAGGUGCAAUCGUUGGUAUGGUCGUCGAUGUCGUGCUAUUAGCUUGUCUGGUAUUGAUUAGUUGCCUAAUCAGAAGGUCAGGUUCGUGCAGAAAAGGUACAGAAAACCAAGAACCUGUCCCCAACAAUAGGGAUAAUAUUGUAAAACAAGGUGAAACUUUACCCAGUGUUAGUGAUUGCAAAAAUCAACGAAAUAUUAAUUGCAAUGGAACAAACAAUAAUAAAAAUUCGAACAUUUAUGGCCGUGCAAUAGAAGAGGUAUGAUAUGG